AUUGAAUGCCAUAUAGUGGCACGUGCUAGAAAAAGUAUUUCUUCUUCGUGAGAGAUCUACAGAGAGGAGAGUUGGUGAAAAAUGGCAUCCUUGUUGAAGAGUGCAUUCAAUGCGAUUAAGGAGAAAGGCAUUCGGAAUGUAGCGAGGGAAAUCAAGGAAGCAGGAUUCUUGAACUGCCUUCCCGAUGGAAACCUUCUGCAAAUCAAAAUUCACAAUAUUGGUGCUACUCUUGUGGGAGUUGAUAAGUUUGGGAACAAAUAUUAUCAGAACAUGGAGAAUCAAUAUGGAAGACACAGGUGGGUAGAGUAUGGAGACAAGAAGAGGUACAAUGCGUCUCAAAUUCCUCCUGAAUGGCAUGGAUGGCUCCACCAUAUCACUGACCACACUGGGGAUGAGCUUCUGAUGCUGAAACCACAGAGGUAUGGAAUUGAACACAAGCAGAACUACACUGGAGAAGGAGAUGAAUACAUAUAUCACUCCAAAGGACACUCUCUCAACCCAGGGCAGAGAAACUGGACUAGGUACCAGCCAUGGGAGCCAACCAAGACCGAUGGUUAGAAAAUAUUCCAUGCCAUGUUGAAGUACAACACUUGUUGGAAGAAAGUAUACUAUGAAAUUGUUGCUCGUCUUCUCAUCCUGUAUCUUGCUUUCUUUUCCCUUUGUUGCAUACAUAUUGAAGAUGAUAAAUAAUUAUGUAGCAGUUGAAAGAAAGCCAAUGUAAUGCUUGUUUUGUUUUCGGCUGUUCUUUUUUAUAGCCUAUGGCUUAAACACAACCCAGAAUUUUUUCUGAUUUUAUUAAGAUUUCCUUUCCAAUUGCUUUUGCUACA